GCGACUUCACUGCCAGUCUGCUCUUUCAUGUCCUCCAGCUUCCACAACUGGAGAAGGGUGAAGAGUUCACCGUUAAGAUCUGAACACCAUCAGUCACUUUUUCACCAUCAGAAAACCGGACAUGGCUCUCAAUCCAAAGAUAAAGAUAUCCUUGUAGAAGUUGUUCGAAAAAAUUUCCAAUAAUAAAGCGCAAGAUUUUCUCCUGCAGUGUACUGUAUGCUGCUCACACCACCGUGCCGCUGCGUGAGCAACUCCCGGAGCUGAAGCUUCUCCAUCUCAGGCUCUUCUCAUCACACUCAUGAUUUUCAUCAUGUUUGAUCUCAUCGUGCCUGAAGAUGUUUAGAUCCAUCUGACAACACCUCUGUAAGGAUGGCGAUGACCACAGACGGGCUCUAGGCAUGUUUUUCUGCUAGGUGCAAUGUGAAGUUGCCACAUGACACCCACUGGUGCCCUGCCGUUGGAUGAUUUUACUCGAGGACAAGACGCAUUCAAGACCUACAAGAGCAACUCACGAGGCAGCAGUAACAACAGCAGCAGAUGCACCGUAGAGCAGCAAUGGUCAAGUCAGCGAGAACCGCAGUGGAGCCGCACUGAGGCAAAGCAGCCAGCCAGCCAGCCCCCCUUGAAUCUGGGGACAUCUCCAACUAUUUAAGGGGUGUGGGAAGCUGAGGAGAGGAAAAGUUCCCUUUACCUGAAUGCCUGCUUAGUCAGAUUAACCAAUAUCCCAACAAAGCUCCUUUUCCUCUUCCUCUUCCUCCACCACCUCCUCGUCCUCCAAACAUGACCGUGGUAGCAGGAGAUAACAUGGACGAGACCUCUGCGGUCCCCGGCCAGCCUCAGGACACCUAUCCGCCAGAUCACAAUGACCAUGAAUGUUGCGAAAGGGUGGUCAUCAAUAUAGCAGGUCUCCGGUUUGAGACACAAUUGAAAACUCUCUCACAGUUUCCAGAAACACUUCUGGGCAACCCAAAAAAACGUAUGCGGUACUUUGACCCUCUGAGAAACGAGUACUUCUUUGACAGAAACCGACCCAGCUUUGAUGCCAUCCUCUACUACUACCAGUCUGGAGGCCGGCUGAGAAGACCAGUGAAUGUUCCUUUGGAUAUGUUCUCAGAAGAAAUCAAAUUUUAUGAGCUGGGAGUGGACGCAAUGGAGAAGUUUCGUGAGGAUGAGGGCUUCAUCAGGGAGGAAGAGCGUCCGCUGCCUGAGAAGGAGUUCCAGCGACAGAUCUGGCUGCUCUUUGAGCAUCCUGAGAGCUCAGGCACUGCGAGAGGGAUUGCCAUAGUGUCUGUGAUGGUGAUCCUGAUUUCAAUAGUCAUAUUUUGUUUAGAGACUUUACCACAGCUGAAAGAGGACCCAAAUGGUCGCAUGGUGACAGUCGGGAACACUACUGUUUUUUACAAGCCAAAUAUCCUCACUGACCCCUUCUUUGUCAUUGAGACACUCUGUAUAAUCUGGUUUUCCUUUGAGCUGAUUGUUCGCUUUCUUGCGUGCCCAAGCAAACCGGCCUUCUUCAAGAACAUGAUGAACACGAUCGACAUAGUGGCUAUCAUCCCGUACUUCAUUACACUCGGCACCGAGCUGGCAGAAGACCCAGAAAAGGAAGGGGUGGGGGAGCAGGCAACAUCUCUGGCCAUUCUCAGGGUGAUCCGUCUGGUCAGGGUGUUCAGGAUCUUCAAGCUGUCACGACACUCCAAAGGACUGCAGAUUCUGGGGCAGACCCUCAAGGCCAGCAUGCGAGAGCUGGGAUUGCUGAUCUUCUUUCUGUUCAUUGGAGUCAUCUUGUUCUCUAGUGCUGUCUACUUUGCUGAGGCAGAGGAGCAAGAAUCCUACUUUGGCAGCAUCCCAGAUGCAUUUUGGUGGGCUGUCGUGUCUAUGACAACUGUGGGCUAUGGGGACAUGGUACCAGUCACUAUUGGAGGCAAGAUUGUAGGAUCUUUGUGCGCAAUUGCUGGAGUGUUGACAAUUGCCCUCCCAGUACCUGUUAUUGUGUCCAACUUCAACUACUUCUACCACAGGGAGACAGAAGGAGAGGAGCAGGCCCAGCUGCUCAACGUCAGCAAUCCCAACAUACCAUCUGAAACCAACUCCAGCCGCCGUAGUUCAUCCACCGUCAGCAAGUCAGAGUACAUGGAGAUCGAUGGAGAUAUAAACAAUAGCAUUGACAACUUUAGGGAGGCAAACCUCAGAACUGGAAAUUGCACUAUAGCCAACCAGAACUGUGUAAAUAAAAGCAAGCUGCUUACAGAUGUUUAGACACUAGUUAGGAACUUUGGGAUCUCAUUGGGACUGUCAUAUGUGGAGUAGACCAUCAGUUAGGAAUGUUUCAUUUACCUCUCCAAAGCACUCAAAGGCAUUAGGCCUAUAACUAUGCUCAGCUAUAUAGAAAGGAAACAGAAAAAAUUAAGAUCUUAGAGUAUGUGACAGGUAGAUAGAAUAAUUAAUUCUCUGAUCCUACAAAUAUAUAGUUAAAAAGUGAACAUUAAUUAUUACGCGUAUACACGACUCCCUGGAGGAAUCAGAGUACGCGCUGUCUUAUCAGAAGACGGCGUGAUAAUUAAAAUCUUAUGCAUGGAGUACAGAUAACAUUUCAGCAAGUUGCACAAUGCACCAGAAAAGUCUGCAGAGACAUGCAAGCAUCUGCAGCCAAGUGGUAAGCGCCAAGAAGUUAGGUGACCCCUGCUCCCCCCCCUCCCCCAUCCUCUCUCCCGGCUCCCUACGAAGGAUCUACUAUUCAGCAAAGCACCUUAUAGGAGGAGGACUGAUCUCUCUUGUUUGGAUGUAAACAGAUGGCGAUCUACACGCUUCACAGACAUCCGCAAUGCUGCUGUUUUCCAGCAGAUGCUAUAAUUGUGAUAUCACCAAGUGAUUCAAUGCCAUGCCCUUUAGACGCAACACAGCACAAUGAUACAGUGAGCUUCACACAAGCAUGAUUAGAGACUUUCCAUUUUGAUAUCGGCAUGCAUGAGACAUAUCUCACACAAUGGAAAGGAUGUUCUUUUAGAUACCUGCCUCCAUCCCCCCUUUCUCAUCAGUUUUCAUUCUGAGUGCACUGGAUGAGUUUUCACUUUGAAAUGCUAAUCAUUUAGAAGUAUAGAAAUUGAAUGUUAAAUCUUAAGGGAACAGUACAUAAAUGAGAUCAUAGCAUGAAAAAAGUAACCUGCAUUAUGGUCUAUUGACUAAGGUACUUUUGUAUCCUGGUAUAUUUAAUGCAUGACAUGAGUAUACAGCUUGUUGCAAUUCAGGCACUCUGCAGUGCCCUAUUGUCAGGGAAACUAAGGAAAUCAAAUCCUGGAUGUUUCUGAAUUGCGAUGAAAUAUAUCCAAACCCAACUUAAGGAUGCAGAGUUUCUAAUUAAAAGUAGUUGAAGAAACUGAAUAAAUAUUAUCAAAAAUGCAUAUAAUCAUAAUAAGCACCAAUUACAGUACUAAGUCAAUAGAAGCAGUGCAUGGACCUUCUUUGAAAAAGGAAAAGUUAACAUAUCAUUAGUCAUGCUUCCAUUUCCACAAUCAAAUUUAGUAUGUAUUGGUUUAGGAUCCACUAAAAAUAGGGAUCAAUACAAAAUUUCUCUUUGGAGAACUAUCCUGACAUUAGUUGCUAGUGCCUUUAUCCCUUUCACCAACAGGACCAGUGAAAGUGCCUCUGCGUACAACGGGAUUGGUGAGGUUAAGAAGAGCUGGUUUACCCUCUGUUCACGCGUUGAUACACUGUUGGUUAAGAUGUUAAUGAUGCCGAUGAGCAAGGUUGAAACAGCAGGUGAUUGUGGUCAAAAAAAGAUGAUCCAUGGCUGUUAUGCACAACCCAGUUUUCAUGCCGUCACGCACUUAAUUAUGCCCUUAAGCAGCAAUGUAUUGUAUCUGCAUGUUUACCAAUCCAAUUUAAAAGGGAAUAUCUGUAGGUUUUACAUAUAAUUUACUUAUGUCUAUUUUUGUUUGUGCACCACGCAUCCUUUCAGGGUCUCUACCUCAGUGAGGUCAUUGCAAACUUGCUGCAGAGCUGCAAGCUUCAAUGCAGGGCUUCCUAUACCAUAAUGCAAAAUGGAACCUUAAGUGUAAACUGCAGUCAUGCAACAUUGAAUGUGAGAGUCCCAAAGCAUAGCCUUUACACAAGCACUUAGGGCAUAUAGUGUACCACAAUCCCACUCCUUUUUUCACUUAAAGCUACGCACAAUCAGAGCAUUCAUUGUAGAGAUUGUUUGACUCUCCUAAUAGGAUGGGACUGACUGUUUUCGUUUCUUUGAAACAAUGGUAUCUUCUGUUACUGUUGUGUCACAGAAACACACUUGAAUGUGUUUCAGCACACACACACAUACACACACACACACUCAUACAUGUGUAAAAGACAAUAGAGAUGUAAUAGAUUUAAGUCAUGUCAUCCUGCGAUCCGUGGGCAUUAUGACGCACAGCUAAGUGUUGCCCGACUUUUUGCACAAUCAUUUUGUUCUGUUGCUUAAACCCUUUUUGCUUGUGAUGUUUUUUUUUCCUCACAGUCGUGCAUUGUUCUCAGCAUAGUUCUAGAGAGGCUCACUGCAGAUAGAUUUGGACAAAUUGUUAUGGCUACUUGAAAAUUUCCAGCUACUGUACAUGCAUUAACACUCGUCACAACAAUAGUAAGACUUUGUACUGUGCUGUAUCCUCUUUUUAAUUUAGCACUCGCCUCACAAGGUCUUGUUUAAAAAAAAAGCUCCACUGCAGUGCUACUUGAAUGUCAUAAUCUUUUCUUUUGGUGCAAUGGCUUUUCUUUGUGGUGCCAGCACCAGACAACUGCUGUUUUGUUACAGUCACACAUGAUUUGAGGCGUCAGCUAAUGUAAGCUGCCUUUAAUUGUUUUGAACAAGUCUUUUCCCAUCCUUGAAUUGUUUUUACUGUUUUGUUUAUUGGUGGCUGCUUGGUUAGUUUAGGCCUCUGUUAUUAUUUGAUCUUUGUACUGUACUGCUGAAGAGUGUCUGACUCAGGCGAGGUGACAAUUUUAGAGCCUUGCUAGAUGUCGGUAACUUGUCAAGAGUGCAAAAACGAUGCAUAAUUGUGUCAGGGAUUUUCAAUUUGUAAAGGUUUUCUCAUGUAGAAGGACAUCGAUGAUACCCAAUACCAUACAUUAUAUUACCACAUGUAGGCUGAAACAAGAAAAUUAUAGUCUCUUAAUGCAGCUAUCAGGAAAAGUUAGCUUUUGUCACAAGUUUCUCAUACAACUGAUGCUUGAAAGUCGAUGUGUGUGACAUGUCCUGCAGGAAACAGCAGAGGGUGAGGUGAAGAAAAUAUAAAUGAUUUCCCUCACACAAGCAGUACUGUUGCUAGUCUUGCUGUGGAGGGCAUGUAUGGAUGGUGCUAUGCAUUCAAUUACCCAAAAGAGACAUGCAUUCUUAACAGCAAUAGAAUAACAGAUAACCUGUUUCUUAGAUGCUUUUUUGUAAUAAAAAAUAAAUAAAAUAGGAAAACAAAUCUAUUUUGAAUGUCAGAGAAAAUGCGAUCACGGAUAACUCACAACAGGGCUGUUUACGUUCCUCUGUGCUGUGAUUUUGUACGGUCAAAUGUAGAGGCUGACAAUGUGUGGAGAGAAACCCGAGAAAAAUCCAAAUAUAGGCUUUGUAAUAGCGUCAGUCCCCAUUAAACACACACAGGUCGGACUGGAGUUGUUUUGCAGUCAGGAACAAAGGCUGCGAAGGGUUCAGUUGAACCUAUAAGGCAGUCCCAAAGGAACAGCCCAUAAUGCACUUAGAGAGGAUCUAUCUUCAGUUCACUGGACUGAUCAGCUGUGUGAGACCAAGUCAGAGAAGGUGCCUAAAAUGUUUUACAUAUUCAUUUGUUUAGCUUACUGUUAGGUGUUAGGCUUCUGCAAACAAACACGAGUGAGAAGAUCUUAAAAAAUGACAAUAUUAACCGAAUUAAACUAUAAGAAAAAACAUGAAAUGUCAUGACAACAAAAUGCAAUUUAGCAACAAUAAGGUAGAGAAAGUAACCACUAUAUACUGCAAUUACUUAUGAAAAACUAGUUUAUUGUGUGUCUUUACUUUACUUUUAUUUUUUUGGUGGCACAUUUAGGAAGAACAUGCCAUAUACUGGAAUGUCAAAGACAAUAUAUCCCUCUGGCAAGCCAUGAUAAUGAAACUACUGUAUUAUGAUCAAUUGCUAUACACUAAAUGAUAUGAACAAGAAGUGUACUAUUUUAAAAAACAAACACAUUGUUUUGGUUUGGAGAAACAAAAAACAGGAUUCAUUCAAUCACCACGUCCACAUUUUCACCACUGCUGAACCUUACUGCUAUAAUGUAUCUCUACAAAAACCUACUAAUCGCAAAAAACUGCAUGGUCGAUGGACGAUUGCAUGAGUUUUGCCUUUCAAACUGUGGAUCAACUAUAAAACAGUUGCAUCAUUUUAAAAAAAGAAACCCUUGCUUUCAUCUGCACCAAGGCUUCCUGUACGGCCCUGUUCAGAAGUAGUCGUGAAACGUGUCCUCUGCUGGAUUUCUUAAAAGCACCUUAGCGCUGACCUCAUCACCAAGGCGAUGUUGGGGGAUGGAGGUCGUGCUUGCGAGGACAUUAAGGGCUAGUUUCUCAAACUUUAUCUCUAUUCUCGGACUGAAACGCUCUCUCAAGUGACAUUUUGUCUGUUCUUAUCUCAGUCUAGACUGUAGUGAUACUGUGCGGUGGGAAACAUGCCAGUCAUGUCCAAGCAGGGCCUACGCCACACACCCUCCUCUGUAACACAUUGAUCUUGAGGCACUCUUGUCUGCUAGAGGUCUUGAUGUUGGACUGCUUUCUGCCUGAUGAGGAGGCACCAAACAGGAAUAAAAGGUCGGGGAAGCUGUGUGCUUCCUCGCCAAAGAUGAGAAAAUCUCGUUUGUGUUAGGAGUGCAAUGUCUAGAAGUUUGACUUUUCUGUCAAGGAUGCACGUUUAAUCGCUAGUAGGGAGAAUUUUGGAGCAAAGUGCAAAAGGACUGUUGAACUCUUCUGCUCUGUUUUUCAUCCACAAGCAAACCAAAUUCUGAUUGUGUUACCCAAUCCAACCGUCAUUGUCAUAUUGUGUUCACCAAGGAUUAUGCUCCAAUGUGUUCAGUUUGUCCGAGGAUGACAAAGGCAUGGUCUGUGAUCUAUGCAAGGGUUAUUUAUUUUUUCUUAUAUCACUUAUGAUUUCACCUUACAUUAACUUCAAUAAAUUUUUAAGGAUC